AUUCAAUAAUAAAUUAUAUUUAAUGAGCAAAAUGAGAAAAAAAAAACUUGUAAUCCUGUUUUAAUUCCAGGUGGACAACUGCUCUCACAAGACGCAAAAUUAAAACGAUGUCGUAGUGUGCAACAAACAAAGGCAAAUAACGUGUCCGUCGACGGCCACGUGACCUGAACAUUCGAAGGAUUUUCGGAGCUGAAAAAAAAAAAAAAACCACAGCAGCAAAGAGUAGCGCUGGCGGCAGUGGUGGCUGCUAGUGGGAGCAUACAGGGGGUUGGGCAUCAUCUUUGAGGGGGCGACAGAGAGAUGGGGAACCCGAAACAGAAGUGGAUAGCGGAAGAAGAAGAAGCAUUGAGAGCGGGAGUAGCCAAAUACGGCAAAGGGAAUUGGAAAUCAAUCCAAAGAGACCCUGAGUUAAGCCCCUUCCUCUCCGCUCGCUCCAACAUUGAUCUCAAGGACAAGUGGCGAAAUUUGAGUGGCGGUCCCGGCGGCCAUGGUCCCCGGGAAAAAUCAAGGACGCCCAAGCCCAAAGUAAGCUCCGACGGUUCAACUCCGCAGAGCUCUGCUCCUGUUAAGCGAAUUGCAUUACCCAAACCAGUCACUGAUGAUUCAUCAAAAAGCUUUGCUCCAAACCGGUACAAUGAAAUGAUUAUCGAAGCUGUAUCAGCGUUGAAAGAGCCAAACGGAUCAGAUAACGGAGCAAUUGUGAGCUACAUUGAGCAAAGGCAAGAGGUAUCUCAAAGUUUUAAGAAGCAGUUAUGUUCAAGGUUGAAAAGGCUGGUCGCAGUAGGAAAACUAGAAAAGGUGCACAAUCGCUACAAGAUUAGAAAAGAUGAGACAUUUGGGACGAAGACACCAACUCCAAAACAGAAAGGCAUGCGGCUUAAGCAUUCGCAUAACAGUGGUCGUAUAACGUGUGAUGCAGUUGAAGAUGCUUCAGUAACUGCUGCCUAUCUGAUUGCUGAAGCAGAAAAUAAGUCAUUUGUUGCAGCUGAAGCAGUUAAAGAGGCAGAAAGAGUCUCUAAAAUGGCUGAAGAUAUGGAUUCACUGCUACGGUUGGCCGAAGAGAUUUUUGAAACAUGUUCUCGAGGUGAAAUUCUGGUUAUCGCAUAGGAUAUGUGGAUUAACUUAAAAGAGAUGACCCCUUGAAUUAGAAUAUGUACAUAUUGUUGAUUGUGUUUUCUCUUCUUUCUCUUGGGAUGUGACUUGACUAAUUUUGAAUAUUGUUGCUACUUGUUAGUGCAGCAGAAACUUCAAUAUUCGCUCUCCAUUCCUUCAAGCAAAAACUGAAAGGCCCAUUUCCCAUUUCUGUGAGUUAUCCACAGUUUCCCUUUGGAGAGGACAAAAGAUAAGAGACCAUAAACCUUUAUACUUGAAUUCUAAUCGAUAAUACGUGUACGAAAAACUAAUGAUUAAUGGUUUUUGCAUGCGAGAAAGAAGAAUGUAUAUUA